AUUAUUGUUAUCGAGAUCAGUGAUCGACCGAUAGUAAAAUCGAGAUUCGCGAUAUUUGUAUUUGUUGUUUCAAUACAUAUUCCUGAUAAAAUAGAUAUGAAACAUUCAACUUACUGUUCGAAUCUUAUGUGAAAUACAAGUUCAAUGAAUGAGUCGUAUUCAAAAAACUUUGUAAUAUAUAGUUAUUAGUUUUGUGAUGCAGAAGCAAUGGGUUUUGUUUCGUAUUUUGUGGAUAACUACACCGCAUCUUUGUACGACAUGAUAGUGGAGUAUGUGGACACGGAGUACAGUCUCUGGCUGAGCUGGUUCCUGACUCCCGUCAUCGUGACCUUCCUUCUACCAGCUGUUAUCAUCGUCCUCAUCUAUGUCAGCAGCAUCAUCUUCCAUCUAUACAGGCUUUACAGGCUUCGUGUGGUAGACGGAGUUCACAAUGACUGGCGACACGCGGCUAGACUUGCUGUGUGUGCGUUGUGGGAUGCCCACGGCUGGCUGUGGCAUGGUUACGAGAUAAGAGGCUUUGAGAACAUCCCUGAUGGCCCGUUCCUGUUGAUAUACUACCAUGGAGCUCUCCCCAUAGACAUGUACUACUUCAUAGCUCGGAUGCUUCUGUUCAAGAGACGUCACAUACACACUGUGGCUGAUAGAUUCAUGUUUAAAAUACCAGGCUGGUCCUCUCUUCUCGAGGGUCUGUGUGUGAUCCCGGGGACAGUUCAGACUUGCGCGGGGGUUCUAAGGUCAGGUAACUCGCUGGCCAUCUCCCCCGGAGGAGUGUAUGAGGCCCAGUUUGGGGACCACUACUAUAAACUGAAUUGGAAGUCCAGGAUAGGAUUCGCCAAAGUCGCCCUGGAAGCUAAAGUCCCGAUAGUACCCAUGUUCACUCAGAACGUCCGCGAGGCGUUCCGUACUGUGGGCUGGUUGCGAGGGAUAUGUCUCCGUAUUUACGCGGCUACCCGUGUACCUCUCGCGCCCGUCUACGGGGGCUUCCCCGUCAAACUGGUCACGCACGUGGGUACGCCCAUCCCGUACGACGCUUCUCUCACUCCGGAGACACUUCAAGUGAAGGUCGCGAGCGCCAUAGAAGACUUGGUUGAGGAACAUCAGCGGGUCCCCGGGAGCAUUCUGCUCGCCCUCAUCGAGAGGGUGUACGAGAUGCCAAAAAAGAAGAAGGUUCAAACGAACGGCUCAUGUCACAACGGCGUCGCAAAACAGAACAAUUUCCCUGACAAGUGUGACACUGACAGGAGUGACGUCGACCCUGUCAAAAGUGACGUCGACUCUGUCAAAAGUGACGUUGACAGCGGCAAGUGUGACAGUGACAGGAGCGACAAGAAAGUAUCAUAGUAUGUAUGAAUUGAGUGUAAAUAUUGAAUACUCAUAAUGUGGUAAGCACGGCGUUUUCGUAUUGUUGCGUACAAAAAAAAGCAUAUUAUACACUAUGUGUUUAGGUUUUAUAGUUGGAGCGCGGAUUGUGAUACAGCCGUUUGGUACAAGUUUAACUGUUUUAUGCCAAUAAAGUGAAUUAAUGUGUGAUAUUGUAACAUUUACCGCGCUGUAAAUAAUGUAUUAUACGCGGAAUGAACUUAAUGUAUUCGACAAUUAUUUGAAAGGCUUCUAUGGAACGUCUCUGCGUAGAUUUUUUUAUUAUUUCUAAGUAAAUUACAAUAAUCUAAAGUAAAGAUACAUUCCCGUCUAUAUUAAAUGUCAAUGUCAAAAAAACGUCUCACAGACUAAACGAUCUUAGUUUUCAAUUUUAUAUAAAAAAAUGUUUUCGAUGUUAGACGAAUAAACGUUUUGAAUCAUAUAUAUUUGGACAAUGUUUUAUAGUUAUAAGUACAAAUUUGAAAAGUCACAAAUUUCUGAACGGCAAAAUGACUCGGCGGCAUUUCAUGUGAUGUUUAUUCCGUAGAAGUUAAUUGUAAUAUAUUACGAAGCUUGUUGUAUGAAACUAACUCGAAGAAGUGAAACUUCGUAAUGCUGGAAUGCAAAUAGGAAGGAGUAGAAAUUGGUUUUAAAAGAUUUUUUUUUGUGUUUCUUUGAGACAAACUUUAUUAACAUUACUUUUUAGUCACAAUUGAUUGAUCGAUUGAAUCUCGCUGUCUCUUUAUCCCCUCCCUCACGGGAGCGUUAAACGUCUAACGCAACCUCGUUUGAAGUCGCAUAAGAAGUUUCACUUCAAAAAAAAAAAAAAAUUGCGAGCUACUAACGCUUUGUAAACUAUUUUUUUUUUUUUUUAAAUAUCGUUUAUAUAAUGUUUCCUAAUCGAUUCCUUUUUUAAAACUGUUAUUCUUAAAUGCAUUUGAUACUUACAUAUAAUAAGUACGUGAUAACUAAGAUACAAGAAUUAUUUUUAGUUUAUUUAGCAAUGUAUAAGCGGUGAGGUUAUAUUAUACUAUAUACAGACGUAAUGUACUUAGUUGCUGGAUAGAUGUCGUCUAAAACCUAUCUACAGCUGAUAUCUAUAGAUAGAAUUAUAAAGACAAUGUGUCAUACAGAUGAGAACAUAUUUUAGGUAACGGUUAAGAUAUCGAUGGAGUAACGAAACGUUGCAUUAAACCAGAGAAAUAUAGAGUAUUGUAUGAUUUAAUAGAGUAGAAAUAUAUUCUCUAUUGUAAAAUAUAUAUAUAUAUAAUUUUUACUAAAGGCUGGAAGUCUAACAUUAUUAUAACUCUUACUGCAUCCCGCUUUGUGUCAAAUCUGUGUAUUCUAUAUUUUUCUAGCGUUGGCUUGAUGUCCGACUAAACUACAUCGUAGUAUACUAAAAUAAAAUCGAAAUAAUCUGA